UUUAUUUAAAAAUGUCUACAGAAAAUAACAACUUUGAAAAGCCCCCACCUUUUAUAAUUAAUGGAAAUAAUAAAGUUUGUGAUGAAAAUAUUGAGGAAAAAAAUUUAGAAAAAUCUAAAAAGAAGACUGGAUUGGGGUGGUUUGUUGCUUGUUUGUUUGUGGUAAGCGAUAUGGCUGGAGGUGGAUUGGUUGCUUUGCCUACAGCAAUGAUACAAGCUGGUUUUUGGACGGGCAUUUUACUUUCAUUUUUGAUGACUUUAAUAUUUAUGUUUACAUCAAAAGCUUUGGGAAGGAAUUGGGUUAUUUUAAGAAGGAGGUGGCCUGUAUAUCAAAAACAUUGUAGACAGCCUUAUCCAGAAAUUGGAAGAAGAGCUAUGGGGAAAUGGAUGGGAAAUGUUGUCUCUAUUUGCGUUGACAUUAAUCAAUUCGGGACAACAGUUGUUUACCUCCUUCUCUCAGCAAAAAAUAUUCACGAUACUUUAAAAUCACUUUUCGAUGCAAAUAUAAGUUUUUGUGUUUUGCUUGUAAUUUUGGCUAUUUGUUUGCUUCCAAUUACUUUUUUGAAUUCUCCACAAGAUUUUUGGUUAGCUGCUGUAGUUGCUGUUACAACAACAUCUUUGGCAGUUAUCUUAAUUUGUAUCGGUUCUCUACUCGAUUUUGGAGAAUGCCGACAACACCAUUCAAUUCCUGAAUUUCAAAUUACAAAUUUUUUCUUGGCUGUAGGAACUCUUUUAUUUGCCUAUGGAGGACAUCCAGCAUUUCCAACAAUUCAAAAUGAUAUGAGAAAACCUGAAGAUUUUGAAAAAUCUUCUUUGUUGUCUUUUUCUAGUUUGUUUUUUUAUUUAAAGAAAAAAAUAAAUCUAGUAGACUUUAAUGCCUAA